UGACUCCGGCGUGACUGAAGUUGAUCGUGUUCCUCUCCCCUGCUAUUGAAGAACACCAGACCCUUCUUACCGGUUACGCCGGAGCUGUCUCGGUCGGUCCCAUAAUAAACAAGACCGGCGAAAAGGAUAAUUGUGAAUAGCCAAAUAUUAGUCUCUUAAAUUUUUUUUUAGAACAACCUAGAGAGCUAACCGACGAGUGGUAUUUGGAUACUGUUUCCCAUCCGCCACUGUUGUGUCUGGUGGAUGAAUGAAUGGGAAACGAAUGCAAUGCUAGCCGGUUGACCGUGUGAAAAAGUAAACAACAUAGCAUGCCUGAAUGCUAUACCUGGGGAAGAGGAUUGAUAUCGCUUUAUUGUGGUUGAUUGAUUAGGUAAUCAUGAAGGUUGCCGAAAAAUGUGCUGUGUGCGUUUUCAUUGCUUGUUUGAUUAUAUCAAACUGCUAUUUAGUGGAUUCAGCGGCUUGUAAAGGAUGUACUGUACAGCCAUGUAUUUGUACUGGAGAAAAAGGACCACCUGGUCUCCCAGGAUUGCCUGGUUUACAAGGUCAAGUUGGCCAUCCAGGAGAAAUUGGACCUGAGGGACCUAUUGGAUCACCUGGUGUACGAGGAGAUACAGGAGACCAUGGAGCAGUUGGACCAAAAGGAAUCAGAGGAGAUCCUGGAGUACCAGGAUUCACUGGACCAGAUGGAAUUCCUGGACUUCCUGGAAAUGAAGGACCUGCUGGAGAUCCCGGUUAUCCUGGUUGUAAUGGAACUGAUGGGAAUCCUGGUUUACCUGGGCCUCCUGGUAGACCUGGACCUUCCGGACCACCAGGCCCAGUUGGAGCAUAUGGCCCAAAGGGAGAUCCUGGAGAAGGUGGUAUUAAUUCAAUUGGUGUAAAAGGAGAACCUGGUGAACCUGGCUUACCUGGUGCUCCGGGAUACAUUGGACUUUCUGGUUUUGCUGGUGAGAAAGGCAAUCGUGGUGAUCCAGGUGUAAUGGGCAUAAAAGGUGAACCUGGUGAUAAAGGUUACAAGGGACCUCCAGGAGAAGGUACUGGUGGGCCAAAGGGAGAAAAGGGUGAACCUGGAAUUCCUGGUUCUCCAGGUAAUCCAGGUCCACCUGGAUCAGAAUUAGAAGCUAAGACGCCUGAGGAGGAAGAAGUUCACAAUCGACCUGGUCCAGCUGGUCGUGUGGGUGAAAAGGGUGAAAAGGGAGAAAAAGGACCACGAGGAUUUGAUGGAAGGAGAGGAGAUGAUGGUCAAAAAGGAUUUACUGGACCAAAAGGGGAGAAGGGUGAAAGAGGUGAAGAUGGCCCUCGAGGAAAAAGAGGCAAAACUGGAUUCCCUGGACAAUCUGGUGAAAAAGGACCCAAAGGCGAACCUGGACUGUUUGGUCCAGAUGGAAGAACAGGAGUCAAAGGACCCAAAGGUGAAUCUGGCAGAGCUGGUACUCCUGGUGCACAAGGGCCACCUGGACCUCCUGGUAUUAUAAUCGAAACUGGAGAGGUCAUUCCUGGACCUAGAGGACCACAAGGAGUUCCUGGAGAUAGAGGUCCACCUGGAAUUCCUGGUAAACCUGGUGUAAGGGGACCUGUUGGAUAUCGUGGAGCUCCUGGUGAACCUGGUUCUCAAGGAUCACCUGGAGAGCCAGGAACUAUUGGCUUAAGUUUCAAGGGUGAACCCGGAGAAGAUGGAUUUCCUGGACUACCUGGACCUAGGGGCACACCUGGAUUCCCCGGAUUACAAGGUCCAACUGGUGCAAAAGGAGCUCCUGGUUUAUCAGUAGUCGGUCCUGCUGGUCUUGAUGGCCGCCCUGGAAAAGAUGGUGUCCAUGGACUUCCUGGUCCUCGAGGGGAUACAGGACCAACAGGAGAAAAAGGCUAUCCUGGGUAUGGAGUUCAGAAGCAAGGACCUCCUGGUUUACCUGGUUUAUCAGGUCUACCAGGAGAGCCAGGAGAACCUGGAAUUCCAGGUUCUGAUGGUAGACCAGGAUUCUCAGGACCAAAAGGAGAUGAUUGCGGAUAUUGCCCUCCAGGGUUACCUGGAUUUAAAGGAGCUCCUGGAGAUGAAGGAAGGCCUGGACCACCUGGGCCACCUGGUUAUCCAGGAUUUGUAGGUUUGGCUGGUAGAAAGGGUGCAGCAGGGUUACCUGGAAUACCUGGAGCUAAGGGAUUUCCAGGAAUACCAGGUCAAGAUGGAACUGAAGGUCGACCAGGUCCUCGGGGUGAUGCUGGUGAAUUAAUCUAUCCUCCUGGAAUCAAAGGACGCAAAGGUGAACAAGGUGAUGUGGGAUUUGAUGGUCUUCAAGGACCUGAAGGAAGACCUGGCCUUCCUGGAUUAGUUGGCUUCCCAGGCUUUCCAGGACGUAAAGGAGAACCAGGAGCUUAUGGUGAAGUUGGAUUGCCAGGUCAGGAUGGUUUAAUCGGUUUUCCUGGGACUCCCGGUUCAAAAGGAGAAAGAGGUGAUGAUGAAGUUGGUUUACCUGGGCUGCCUGGUUUAAAAGGAUAUCAAGGUUUAGAUGGAAUUCCUGGAAGAAGAGGGCAGAAAGGCGUUAAAGGGGAACCAUUUUCUUAUAAAAUGCUAGAAGAACAACGUCAGCUUAAAUUAGGCCCUCCUGGUCCACCUGGACCUCCUGGUAUCCCUGGACGUCCUGGUCUAGAAGGUAAACCCGGAAGUUCUGGUCGAGAUGGAUUACCAGGAAUGCCUGGUCCAAAAGGUGAACCUGGCUUUCCUGGAAUAUCACAAAGAGGAGAACCUGGUUUGAAGGGCUAUCCAGGAUUACCUGGUGAUUCUGGACGACCUGGACCUUCAGGGGAGAAAGGAAGGAGAGGAGAAGAUGGCUUGUUUGGAUUACCUGGAGAAAAGGGUGAAGUAGGUGAUGUCGGUUUAGAUGUUCUUGAAGGACCCCCAGGCUUUGUUGGGCUUAGUGGUUUGAAAGGUGAACGAGGUGAUUUAGGUUUGCCUGGUAGAGUCGGAUUCCCUGGGGAACCUGGAUUUUCUGGCCCCGAUGGACCUAAAGGAUCUCCUGGUUAUGAUGGUGUUCCAGGUUUUUCAGGUGAAAAAGGUGAACCUGGAGAUUCUGGUCCAGGAAGCAAAGGAUACCCUGGUCUACCUGGCUUACCAGGUUUACCUGGUAUGCCUGGUGAUAAAGGAGAACGUGGCCUAGAAGGCUUGCCUGGAUUUCCUGGGAUGAAAGGCUUAAGAGGGGAUGAAGGUACACCGGGUGCUCAAGGUCCAGGUGGAAUUGCUGGUCGUCCUGGUCAGCCAGGGACAUUUGGAAAGGAUGGGUUACCUGGUCUUCCUGGCAAGAAGGGUGAAAUGGGAGACAUGGGACCACUAGGUUUGUCUGGCUUUCCUGGCAGAUCUGGGCUACCUGGUUUAGCUGGAAUUAAGGGUGUCCUAGGUGAUGAAGGAUUCCCAGGUUUGGUUGGUAGACCUGGACUUCCAGGGCUACCUGGCUUACCUGGUGAUCGGGGAUUACCUGGUUUAUCUGGACCGAAAGGAGAAAGGUCUUUCUUCAGUGAAAGAGGAGAUCGAGGAGAUGCAGGACUACCUGGAAUUACUGGACCUCCUGGAAGGCCAGGGCCUCCAGGCUUAUCUGGAUUGAAAGGUGAACGGGGAAAUCCAGGAUUAGCCUUAGAUGCUGAACCUGGACUUAAAGGAUAUCCUGGGCCACGAGGAUAUCCUGGCCCACCAGGACAACCAGGCUCAAAAGGAGAAAUGGGAGAUAUGGGAUUCCCAGGUCGUGAUGGUGAAAGGGGAGAUGAAGGACGUUCAGGUUUGCCUGGAUCACCAGGUAUCGAUGGUAUUCCAGGUAUUCCUGGAAGAAAAGGAGAAGCAGGUUUACCUGGUUUGUCUGGAUUACCUGGAUUUAAAGGAGAAAGAGGUUUUGAAGGUUUAGUAGGAUUCCCAGGUCCUAAAGGUGAUAGAGGCCUACCUGGUAUUCCAGGAGUUGAUGGCUUUCCAGGUAUUAAAGGAGAACGGGGAGAGUUAGGCGCUAAAGGGUUAUCUGCAUUAGUUGGAAGUAAAGGUAUAUCUGGAGAAUCAGGUUUACCAGGUAUCCCAGGUCUACCUGGGUUGAGAGGGGAGGAUGGUUUCCCAGGUUUACCAGGAUUGAAAGGUGCUCCAGGUGAAUCUGGGUUUGAUGGCCGACCUGGAACAGCUGGAAAUGUUGGAGCAAAAGGUUUUGAUGGAAUACCAGGCCAACCUGGUUUAGAAGGUUUCCCUGGACUUCCAGGUGAAAAAGGAGCACCUGGUGAUGAAGGCGAAUCUGGGCUAUCAGGACGUCCUGGAAUACCUGGGAGAAAAGGAGAAGCUGGAACACCUGGAUUACCUGGCUUAGAAGGGGCUAAGGGCUUUCCAGGUUUUGGGACACCUGGAAUAAAGGGAGAAAGAGGUUCACCUGGUCCUAUUGGACCACCUGGAAUCCCAGGUCUAUCUGGUUUGCCUGGCAUAAGAGGUGAUGUUGGUCUUCCAGGACUUCCUGGUUUACAAGGAGAUAGAGGAUUACCAGGGUUAUCAAGGCCUGGAGAACCUGGUCCAAGCGGAUUACCUGGAUUAGAGGGACAACCUGGAAGAGAAGGUCCUAAAGGAGAAAGAGGAAUAGAUGGCCUGCCAGGUUUCCCAGGACUUAAAGGUGAACGAGGUACUGAUGGACUUCCUGGUAUUCCUGGCCGAAAGGGGCCACAAGGUUUUACAGGACCCAAAGGAAUACAAGGUGAUGCAUUUGAAAUUGGUGAAAUAACAAGAGUAUUUGGCGAAAGAGGAGAUCCUGGACCUCCUGGAUUGCCAGGCUUACCUGGUGAAAGAGGACCCAUGGGCGAUCCUGGUAUUGAUGGACUGCCAGGAAUAUCUGGAAAUCCAGGCUUACCUGGAUUUGAUGGCUUACCAGGAUUCCCAGGAAACAAAGGCAUGGCUGGAGAACCAGGAUUCAAUGGCCUUGAAGGACUUGCAGGUGUACCAGGAUCCCCCGGAGAGGCAGGAAUUCCCGGUUUACCUGGAAAACCAUCAGCAUCACGAGGCUAUUUCUUCACAAGGCAUAGUCAGACCACCGAAAUACCUAAAUGUCCUUUCAAUGCUCCUCCCAUGUGGACAGGGUAUUCUUUAUUAUAUCUGCAAGGCAAUGAAAGAGCACAUGGCCAAGAUUUAGGAACACCUGGUAGCUGUUUGAAACGCUUCAGUACAAUGCCAUUCAUGUUCUGUAAUCUCAAUAAUGUAUGCAAUUUGGCCUCCAGAAAUGACUUCAGUUACUGGUUGAGUACUCCUGAACCUAUGACUAUGAUGAUGACACCUAUUGUCGGACAAGACAUUCGUAAAUAUAUCAGUCGAUGUGCUGUUUGUGAAACACCAACUCAGGUUAUUGCUGUACACAGUCAGACAAUGGAUAUUCCAGAAUGCCCAGAUGGAUGGGAUGGCUUAUGGAUCGGCUACAGCUUCUUGAUGAACACCGAUUCUGGUGCAGAGGGUAUUGGACAACCCCUUGCAUCUCCAGGAUCUUGCCUUGAAGACUUCAGACCAUUACCAUUCAUUGAGUGUCAAGGCCAUGGUCGCUGUAACUACUUCACUACAGCACAAAGUUUCUGGCUGGCUACUUUGGACAGGCCAGAUUCUUUUGGUGUACCACGUCCAGAAACAUUGAAAGCUGGAGACUUACGCAGAAAAGUAUCUAGGUGCCAAGUGUGCACAAAGAGGCAUACUCCUGUUUUGAACUUGGGAGGCAGAACUGCUUGAUAUCAUAUAUCAUCUAUGUUUAGAAACUGAAUUAUGUCAUUAUUUGUGACUUCCAUAUGUGGGCCAUAACAGUCGCUGAUGUUGGUGCUACAGUGCCUUGAACUACUUAAAUACUUGAUUUUAGCAUUUAAAAAUUUUAAGAAUCUCAAAUUGCUCAAGCUGCUAAAAUAAAGAUCUGCAUCUCUUUUGAUCCCCCUGCAUAUCUACUUAAUGAAUUUUAUUUAUGUUUGUGAUGUUUUUAUACAUUUUGCCUGCAAGGAAUCUCACUUGAGGAGUAAUGGAUUUAUAAACUGGAUUGGAAAAGUGAAAAACUAAUAUGUGCCAAAAUAUUUUUGCUUUUCACAUUAGUGCUUUGUAUUUAUUUUUAUAAAAUGAUUACCUCUUUCCUGUUAAAAUAUUUAUUUCUUAAAACAGUUAUUUUUAAAUGCUGCCAUCUGUUGUAUAAUAUAUAAGAAAUUGAAUAAUAAACACUGCCAGUUUUUGUAUGA